UUUAUAUUAAAUCACAACUCUUUCUUUCCUUGCACUGUUUUUGACGUGACGAUGGAGAAAGGGGUUGAUCUUCAACAAACUCCAACGGAGGAGCAUCCGCCGCAGCUACAAGAGCUUCCCUUCUCUCUCCCACCUUACCCUCGAAUGAUAAUGGAAGCGAUCGGAACGUCGAACGGAUGCAACAAAACGGCGAUCGUAAAGCACAUCGAGUCAACUCAGAUCACUUUGCCACCGUCUCACCUGACGCUUCUCAAUUACCAUCUCAACCGGAUGAAACAGUCAGGGCAGAUCGUGAUUGUGAAAAACAAUUACACGAAGCCAGAUCCAAAUGCUCCUCCUAAGCGUGGCCGUGGCCGUCCUCCGAAACCGAAACCUGAGGGAGAAAACAAAGGCACCACCGGGAGACCACGAGGACGACCGCCCUAGAAGUAGAUGGUUAAAGACGCAGCGACGGGUGAAGCUAAUGACGGUGGGCGUCGAGGGCGUGGAAGGCCACAACAUGUGAUGGUGCCUACUGGUUGUUAGAGUUACUCUCCAGCUUACGUUUUGAUUAGAAACUUUUUGUGUUAUUUUAAUUAAGGGGGUUGAGUAGAGAAAAAAUGACAGUUUGAGAAUGUAAUUCGACUUUGCAUGUGUUUGUUCAUGUAUAAAGUUUGGGUCUUUUUCAUUUUCUUGCUGAAAAAGAUUACAAAACUUUUGAUUUGAUUUUGUAAAAAGGAUUUAACAAAUUGAAUGUUAAAGAAAUUA